AUGUUUCUUCGCAGUCACGGCCAGAGCAAGGGCAUGGGACCUUCCUUCUGGGAGAAUGUGUCGGCGGACUUGAAGAAGGGCGACCAAGUGACCUUCUUCAGGCAUGCUUUGGUGAAGCUUGCACUGAGCACCAAUCUGGUGACUGCCACAUCUGUCAAGAAGGCAUUGGCCAAAGAUGCCCUUCCCAAGGCCAUCAAAGCCGACGAGGCAAUGUCCAAGAUUCGCAGCAUGCUCACCGGAGCCGGUGUGCAGUUGAUGAGCGAGAUUGGCACGGGGACUGCCCUGCAUAUCCUGAAGGUGAAGCAGGCUGACGAGGAGGAGCAUGCCCCGAAAGCCAAGAAAGCCAAAACCACCAAGAAGUGA